AUGGCGGAAAUGGCAGACGCGAACAUUGAAGACGCCGAACAAAUGAACAAGAUAGAAGCACCUUCACAGACACCAGAGACGGCAGCGGACGAAGCGAAACCCGCGACCGAGGAGCAGGAGGAGCCUGAAAAUGCGUCAGAAACGCUCUACAUCCAAAAUCUGAAUGAUCAAGUCAAGCUGUCUUACAUGAAGACCACAUUAACCAACCUAUUUCGACACUACGGUAAGGUUCUGGACGUCGUAGCUCAUCGUAAUGUCCGGAUGAGAGGGCAAGCUUUCGUGUCCUUUGCCCAUGUCGAUCUCGCCCGAAAAGCACUAAAGGAAGUGCAAAAGUUCCCGCUCUAUGGCAAGCCUAUGCAAGUUUCAUAUGCAAAGACGAGAUCAGAGGCUGUCGUAAAGACACUUUCACCAGAAGAGUUUGACGAAUUCCAUGCCUUGCGGCUCAAGCGGAAGAAACGAUCGCGGUGGGACAACCCUGUACGGAGGAAAUUGCGCUUGAAGAAGGAGGCUCUGGCUACGGGUGCUCAACCUGAAGCGCCUGCUCCUACAGCCAAGCGUCCGGUGGUUCUCAUGCCAGACGAAUAUCUGCCCCCAAACCAGAUUCUCUUCGUGCAAAACCUCCCACCCGACAUCACAAAGGACGCAUUGGUGGCAAUGUUUUCACGAUUCGAAAACUUUUACGAGGUCCGCAUGAUCCCGACCAAGAAGGACAUCGCCUUCGUAGAGUAUGCAGACGAGGCCAGUGCUACAGUAGCAAAGGACGCCCUUCAUAACUUCAAGCUGGACGGCGAAGCUAAGAUCAAGGUCACUUAUGCUAGGAAAUAA